CAAAAAUUUAGCAGCGAAAAAUCACCAAUAAAAUCUUCCUCUAGAUUCGCAGAUUUCACAGAGUAUUUCACAGAUUAUUCAAUUUGCUCAUGGAUUGGACAUGUGAUUAUCGGAGAAGCUUGCUUUUGGUUUGGUGUUCGGUAAUUAUUUCUCCUGAUUUAGUUUCGACAUUGUGAGUGCUUAUCAUGGAUUUUGUCUUGAUUUGUAGAGGUGCAUGCAUGUUUUAAGCUUGAAUUUCAGAUUUGAAUAUACACAGAGACAGUAGGUAGGGUCUGAGUGAUGUUGUCUGGGAAUGACCCAGUUGAGUCCUUAUUCAAUACGUUACAAGUUGUGAAAAAUGCAUUUUCUCCGUUGGAGUCCGGUAUUCGGAAAGCAGCAAAAGACCUUGAACAUUGUUGGCCUGUAAUGAAAAAUGGGGCCAGUAGCAGCAAUGGAUUUGUUACGACACAAAAUGUGGUUGGGGAAAAUAUUCAAAAUAAUAAUAAUAAGUUUCAGGUAUGUUCUGUGAAAAAAGAGAGUUGGCAGUGUGUGGCUAAUGAUGAGAGAAAGAAGGAUUUAUCCAUAACGAUCCCGAUUAAGGCAUUCUUUGGAAUGUUUCCACAUAAUUAUGGCUUGAAUGGGCACAAUAAGGUUGACAUUUCUCCGUCAAAAGAUGUGGGUACUGUUAAAGAGGAUGGGACUUGCAUGAAUUGCUUGCAGGUCGCGGUGACUUGCUCAUUGUUGCUUGGCAGUUUUGUUCAGGCAAUUCAAAGUCCAUUUGAAACGAACAAAAAGCUGUUUCAGAAAAUGAAUAAUGAAGAUAAGGUUUGUAUGCAUUCAUGUGGAAAGGCUUCCAAAUCAAGGGUUUUGUGUGAGUUAAAGCAAAAGGAGUUGAAGGGCCAGCCACGUACGGUAUUUCAUGGUGAAAGUCUGAAAGAUAAAGAAGGAAAUAACAUGUCACUUGAUUGCUUUAUAGGCUUUAUCUUUGAUCAAUUUACUCAAAAUCUUCAAAAGUUUGACCAGGGUCAUAAAGAAAGAGCUUGUAAGAGUGUUGGUACAACUCAUUUGGAUCAUUGGAAAGCAAUUACUAGUAUACUGGAGGGUAAAAGAGCAGAUGUCAAUGGAUUUUUGGGAAGUCUGAAGUUUGCUAGGGUAGGAGGUGUCCCAUCAACUAUGGUUGGAGUAACUUCUUCAGUCAAGGAGGAUGGUGAAAAUGGUGUUAGCACUGACAGCCGGGAAGACACUGGAGGCAGUUCACCACAAAAGCUGGCUAGUGGGCUACUUAGUAUUCCAUUAUCCAAUGUUGAGCGUUUAAGAUCAACUUUGUCCACUGUCUCAUUUACAGAACUAAUAGAGCUUGUACCUCAGUUAGGGCGAUCUUCCAAAGACUAUCCUGAUAAGAAGAAACUAUUCUCAGUCCAGGAUUUUUUCAAAUAUACCGAGUCUGAAGGUGCAAAUAAAACUUCUCUUUCUUGCCUUAUAUUCCUACGGGGCGUUCAUGAUGCAUACAUUGUUCAUGGUUCAUCCAAACAGAAUGUUUAA